AUGUCUUCACGUCGGCAUCUUGAUGAACUGUCACAGCAAUUCGGCAAUGUUUCCUUUAACAACUCGAAGGGAUUCGUGGGUGCCGUUGGCAUUGACAAUGCCUCGGUUACUGUGCAGAGUCUGACCGCCAGCAUCUUCUCCGGGAUGGAAAAUCCGGUACACAACGUAAUCAGGGCCCUAGACAUCGAUAACAACGACUAUGAGGGUGACAGAGAGGAUAUUCCGGAUAUGGCUACCAAUACGGGGAAGUGGUUCUUCGAAGAUCUCAACUUCCUGCGCUGGAUGGAGUUUGAUUCUUCUAGCUUGCUGAUAGUCACCGGUCAGAGUGGCCAGGGAAAAUCCGUCAUGGCACGUCAUCUCAUCAAGCAUCUGCCUAGAGGCAGCUCAGUGAGCUACUUCUUUUUUAACAGGCGCAGAGAAGAGGCUCAAUCUCCGGUUUGCGCCGUUGCUGCUUUACUCCAUCGUUGGUUUACCCGUGAACCAGCGCUGUCGCACCAUUACGCAGUGAAAGCCUUCAACCAUCACAAAACUUUGCACAAGUUCAAUCUUCUAUGGGGUAUACUGGAGCAGACAAUGUUGUCGCCAAAGUCGGGAACUCUAUACUGUGUUCUGGAUGGUCUGGAGAAAUGCCGACAGUCAAAUGAAACGGAGGCUGGCUUACGAAAUCUUAUGGAGGCAAUCUCGAAAUUCUUCCGCACCGAGAAUCACGAGGUCCACCGUGUAACCCACCUUAAGAUCCUGGUAACGGCUCAGGCCUCAGAAACCAUCUCCAGAAAGAUUCCACGCUGCGACCACUGCAACCCAGUGAUGCGCCUUGACUGCACCGAAGCUGACGUCGCUAGUAUGAUAACUCGAGAUGUUGAAGAGGUCAUAAAAAACGCGCUUGUAAAAAUAACAACUUCACCCCUGAGCAGGAUCGAUGCAAAGUUUGUACAGAGUCUACAGGCCGGUGAUGAGUCAGUAUGGUCUGAAUUACAGAAUGAGCUGGGAGAGUAUGGGCUGCAGGCGGACAUGAUUAGCACUGACCAGAGAAGAAGCCUCAUCACGAACUUGAUUACUGCUAUGGUGGGCUACGACAUCAAUAAUGACUCUGAAGACAAACGUGAAUCAGAGCCCGAGCCGCUUAAUUCAGACGGGGCAGAGGCAGAGGCAGAGGUGACAGAAGGCUCAGGAGCCUCAGGUCCAAAUGUCGCUACGACAGGUACAAAGAAACAAGUGGAGCCUAUAAAGCCAAUGAGGAGACCAUCAAUCGUUUCAAAUACCCAGGAAGGCUGGGAGAAAGCAGCAAGGACCGAGCAAGGCCCCCGCAGGACACCAACUUUCCGCUUGCGUGACCUCCAAGAUGCAGAGGAGCAGCGUCGUUCUGCUGUCGGAGAAAGAGCUGACAGGUGGCUUGACUACUACGAAUCUGGAUUCCUGCAGCCACUGCAACGCUUUCUUGACACGGUCAAGUACGCGGCCGACGAUUUAGAUGUAAGGCCCGUGAAGCUAGCAAUUUUUAGUACCGGGGUGAAUAAGCAUCUGCUUCGGGAGAUCAGUCACCGCGAUCUCAGAGACAAAGUCAAGGUUAGGAGCUUUGUGCACGACGAUCCCGAAGCAUAUGACAACAUCGGUAUUGGGACCAUGGUAACGCGCUUGCUUCUAGGAUUAGCCCCCUCGGCUGAGAUCCACGUCUUCAAGGUAACAUCCGAGGGUGUCAUCCAGGCAUCACAGGUUGAACAAAUCGUGAAGGCCGUGAAUUAUGCUGUUGUAGAAACUGAAGCAGAUAUUCUUUGCAUGGGUUUUGGUUUCCACCAGCGGGAUUCAGAGGUCGAGAGGGUUAUCCGUCAUGCGGCAACGCGGAACUCGGGUCGCGGCGUCAUCAUGUUUGCUGCCGCCGGGAACGAAGGGGGCAACCGACCUGUCCCCUAUCCGGCUCGAGAUCCGAAUGUGUUUUGCGUCUAUUCCACGGACGGACUCGGGAACAGCUCGGCAUUCAACCCCAGUUUGCUGGAUCCGCGUGACAGGUUCAGCACACUAGGUGAAGAAGUCAGAUUCGGGAGGAUUACUGAGGAUACCAUGGGGACAGGGUCAGGCUCGACCUUGUCUGCCACUAUCGCUGCAGCAAUGGCCGCUGAGAUUCUCAACUGGUGGCGCCGUUGCCACGAGGCGAGGGUUUUCCACCGUUUAGAAAGUUCUGCGAACAGGAUCGAUUACAUUGGCAUGGAGGAGAUGCGAAAGAUAUUUCACCUAAUGUCCGUCGAGAGAGAUGGGUUCAGGUAUUUGACGCCGUGGGUGCUGUUUGGAGCUGGAGAUAUAAGCCAGGUAGCGAGCAAGGUGGUGUACGCUCUCGAGUCGGGCUGGUAG